AUGAAACUACAAUGGUUUCUAAUUUUGAUUUUACUAUCUUUCACUUUUUUUAGCACAAUUUUAUGUGCAAAUUCCAAUUUACAGCAACAUUUUGACACUGGAGGCUUAAGUAGAGGAAGUUUUCCAGGAGGAUUCUUAUUUGGAGCAAUGACAUCAAGAUACCAAGUGGAAGGAAUGGCUAGCGAAGAUGGUAGAGGGCCUAGCAUAUGGGAUGCAUUUGUUAACACUCCAGGACAUAUUGCAAAUAAUGAGACUGGUGAAGUUUCUAUUGAUCAAUACCAUCGCUAUAAGGAAGAUGUUGAUUUGAUGCAGAUGUUGAAUUUUGAUGCCUAUCGAUUUUCAAUCUCGUGGUCGAGAAUUUUUCCAAAUGGGACAGGAGAGGUAAACUGGAAAGGAGUUGACUACUAUAAUAGAUUGAUUGACUAUUUGCUAGAAAAAGGAAUCACUCCACAUGCGAAUUUGUACCACUAUGAUUUGCCACUAGCACUUCAGGAAAAAUAUUUAGGUUUGCUAGACAGACAAAUUAUCCAGGAUUUUGCUGAUUAUGCAGAGUUUUGUUUCAAGACAUUUGGUGAUAGAGUAAAGACUUGGAUGACUUUCAAUGAACCGAGAGUGGUUGCUGCUCUUGGUUUUGACAAUGGCAUCAACCCUCCUAAUAGAUGUUCAAAGAAAUUUGGAAAUUGCACUGAUGGAAACUCUGCCACCGAGCCUUAUAUUGCAGCACAUCAUUUGGUUUUAAGUCAUGCUGAAGCUGUUAAAAGAUAUCGUGAAAAAUAUCAAGCUAAACAAAAUGGAAGAAUAGGUAUUUUCUUGGAUUUUGUUUGGUACGAACCUCUAACAAGAUCUAAAGCUGACAAUUAUGCUGCACAACGAGCAAGAGACUUUCAUAUUGGAUGGUUUUUGCACCCUCUAGUUUAUGGAAAAUAUCCAAGGACAAUGCAAAAAAUUGUAAGAGAAAGGCUUCCAAAAUUCACCAAAAGUGAAGUGGAGAAAGUGAAAAACUCAUUUGAUGUUCUUUGUCUGAACCAUUAUACUUCGUACUACAUAUACGAACCGCAUCAACCUCCAUCUAAUGUGACUGGUUACCAACAAGAUUGGAAUGCUGGGUUUGCUUAUGAACGCAAUGGUGUGCCAAUCGGUCGCCGGGCUCACUCCGAAUGGUUAUAUGAAGUUCCAUGGGGUAUGUACAAAGCAGUCACAUAUGUAAAAAAACGUUAUGGAAGCCCUAAUAUAAUUCUCUCUGAAAAUGGAAUGGAUGAUCCCGGCAAUCUCACAUUUCCUGAAUCGUUAUAUGACAUUAAUAGAGUAAGCUUUUAUAGAAGCUACUUGAAGGAAUUGAAAAGAGCUAUGGAUGAUGGAGCUAAUGUUACUGGCUACUUUGCUUGGUCAAUUCUAGACAAUUUUGAAUGGCUAUUAGGAUAUACCUCAAGAUUUGGUCUGGUAUAUGUUGAUCACAAUGAUCUCAAGAGAUAUCCCAAACUCUCGGCAUAUUGGUUCAAGCAAAUGCUCGAAAGAAAAAAUUCCUAG